AGCCGACCCGCGGCGGAAGCGGAAGUGCCGCGGCGGAAGUGCCGGGGCCGCGGUUGCCGGGUUACCGCGAUGUUCCGCGCCGCUGUGGACAUCCAGCCCGCCUGCCUCGGGCUGUACUGCGGCAGGACCGUGCUGUCGGUGAACGGCUCCGUGGAGACCUACGGGGACUGCGGGGUGUGUCCUAGAGGCCAAAGAACCGAUGACAACAAAAUCUGCCGGGAAUGUGUGGGAUCUCCAGACCGCUAUGACUGGCUGUACCUCGGCUUCAUGGCCAUGUUGCCCCUGGUUUUACACUGGUUCUUUAUUGAGUGGUAUUCUGGGAAGAAGAGCUCCAGCGCGCUGCUGCAGCACGUGACGGCGCUGCUGGAGUGCAGCGUGGCAGCCGUGGUGACGCUGCUGCUCAGCGACCCCGUGGGCUCCCUGCGCAUCCGCUCCUGCAGGGUGAAGAAGCUCUCGGACUGGUACACGAUGCUCUACAACCCCAGCCCCGACUACAUCACCACGGUGCACUGCACCCACGAGGCCGUGUACCCCCUGUACACCAUCGUGUUUAUCUAUUAUGCCUUCUGUCUCGUGCUGAUGAUGCUGCUUCGGCCUCUCCUGGUUAAGAAGAUUGCCUGUGGUUUGGGAAGGUCUGACCGAUUUAAAAGCAUUUAUGCAGCGCUCUACUUCUUCCCCAUCCUCACCGUGCUGCAGGCCGUGGGAGGAGGCCUCCUCUAUUAUGCCUUCCCAUACAUCAUCCUGGUGCUCUCCUUGGUUACACUGGCUGUGUACAUGUCUGCUUCUGAAGUGGAGUUUUUCAAGGAUCUGCUCGUGAGGAAGAAAAGGCUCGUUGUCCUCUUCAGCCACUGGUUACUUCAUGCCUAUGGAAUCAUCUCCAUUUCCAAACUGGAUAAGCUUGAGCAGGACCUGCCUUUGCUUGCCUUGGUACCUGCCCCUGCUCUCUUCUACUUGAUGACAGCAAAGUACACAGAGCCCUCACGCAUCCUCUCCGAAGGCGGGAAUGGACACUGAAAGGAGCCUGUGCCAACAACUCUGUCCCAGUGGUCUGGAUGAAGCAAUUUUAGUGCUUGUCACGCUUUGGAAACUUCUGUUUUCAUAAAGAAGUUGUUUGUGUGCCAGACUUCUGGUGAAGCACCUCUGGGGGAGACUGUAUAAUAUUAAAAAGCUGCACUUUUUAUUCAUCCUAAGUAUCUGGUAUAGAUCAAAAGCAAUGUCUUUUUAUGUAUUUAUCACUGUGAAUCUGUAUAAAAAGCUUGUGACACAUCCUAAGUACAAUGGUUUGCUUCUAUAUUGUUCAUUUCCUAACACGGUAUUUGAAUAAAACAAUAGAGCCUGGUUUUCAAUAGACUUUAAUUUAAAAAAAAAACAAAAAAUAGAGCUUGAAUAUACCAGAGAACUUGAUUUUUUUGAUCACAUACUCUAGCUUCUAUCCCCCACCAGUGGAAACAGACUGCCUUCUUCCUAACAUCAAAAGAUAAAACAUGGGCAUGAUUCCUCAUGAUGUUUGAGCCUGACUGCUGGAGAAGAAAUGCACUGUAAAAGGAGAAGAAAUGUGCUGUAAAAUUCUCUGUAAGGUAGAGUUUAUACUCUGUGUUCUUCAAUUAUGGAGACCUUCUUGGAGAGCAUUAAAUAGAUCAGGUUAAAGAUUUUCUUUUCUUGGUAGUUGGGUUUGUAUUGGUCACCAAAACUUGAAAGGCCAAAACCAGAACCAAGAGUAAGAAGAUCCUCUCAAAUUACAUGGAUCAUUGGCUGUAACAGUGCAUAUUUCUAUAUGUCUGUGAUAAUAAUGCUUUUCUCAUUCUAUACCUGCCAACACUGCCAAGGACAGAGUCUGCCAGCAGCUCAGAGGCUUUGAAAGGUGUCACCUCAGCCAGGCUGCCUCGAGCUGUCACUCUCCUCCACAGGUUUAUUUUUGUCACAUCCGACACACCCUCAUAGCUUUAUGUGGUUUUAUUAUUUUAAUGUGAAAUGCCACUUGACAGGUUCACUGCACCUAAAUUUGUGUGCAAACAAACUCACCCUUGCAUGGAGAGGCGAGGUUUUAUUUAGGGAUUAAGGAAGUAACUGAUCUUCUUCAAUCAAACACUGUCUCUACUGCUGUGUACAGUGUCUAAUUUGGAGACACAGUGAUCUAGAGGAGAGUUCUGAAAGUAUGGCAUUAAAAUUCGUGUUAAAAUACCCCAUCUAAGGACUUUACUCUUUCAUGUAUAUUUCUGUGUGGACUAUGUGUAUUUCAUUUAAAUGUUGUGCUAGAUCUUGUCUUUAAAAAGAAAAGUAACAAGUCCCAGGUAAAGAGUACAUAUUUUGCUAGGUCUGGAAAGCUGUGAUGAUUUUGAAAGCAGAAUGAGGGAUUCUAUGAAAAACAAAGUUUAUAGGAAGGCAGUGCACCCCAUGGACCUUGCCUGGCACCCCAACCACCGACCUUUCUGCUGGGCUGCAGUGCUGAAACCUGGAAUGUGAAAUACAAAUUAAUAAAGUAAUUUAUCAUCUUC